AUGUGGUGUCGGUCGCGAAUACGAGGAUGUGUGUCACCCAGAUUCCCAACCCUCGUACCUGUCUGUCCGUCCAACAACCCCCCUGAUGCAGUCGACAUGCUGCCAGCGCCUAUCUGGUUUCGAAUCUUCCACCUUCUGCAUCAACCGCCCUCCCAACCGGACGACGCUGCUAUCUUCGCUCGAAAGGAGGAGAAGACGGAAACUGGCUCUGAUGAAUUUGAGACAGAAGAAGAAUCAGAGGAAGGGGAGGAGGAUGAGGAUGGGAAAGUGAGACUUCCAGAGGCAGAGGCGAAGGAGGGGGGGAAGACGAAAAUUAACGCUGAUAUUUCCGAGACAGAGGAUGAGGUAGAAGAGGAGGCAGAGCGAUUGGAUGCCCGUGAGGUUGAAUGGUUCCGCACCCCUGGGUUGUCUAACACCAGAACUAGCGACCAUCUCACCAACACCAAGGUUGAUCGCGAUCGUCCGCCAGUUGUGUUCCGGGAAGAGGGCCUCACUGCCAGAGAGCAGCACAAGGAUAAUGCUGACACCUAUGGCGCAUCAUCAUCUCCCCGCUCUCGGCGCCUGCAUCGCUCGAAGCAGCCCCUCCCUCUCGUCCCUCCGCCUGGAGUCGCAAGGCUCUCCCACAACCAGGGCAACCACUGCUGGACGCUGGGUUUUCUCACGGAAUGCGCCCAGCUGCGGGAGUUAAACCUGGGGCGAGGCAAGUGGAGUCUCAACAAGCAGUGUGUGAACGCGGCGUGGUUCAAGUCGAUUCGCAAGCUGACCUUGGAGCAGGUGGAUUUCGGGAGCUUGAGCUUCCAGUUUCUCCAGUCCAUCACGCCGCAGCUGCACGAGUUCACGCUCUACGAGGACGGCAACGGGCUUCGUGAAGAUCCCCGCUUUCCCUUCUCCACCAGCCGCCUCGCCUUCGCCUUCCCCAACGCCCGCCUCCUCCGCUUCCGCUUUGCCAACACUGGGCUGCACCUCACCCUCUCUGUGUCCCCAGCAGCGCUCAAGACUCUCUCAGUGAUGGCCAAACGGCUGGUCCUCUCCUGCAAGAGCACCGCCCCUCUCGCCCUCGACCACCUCUCGCUGUACUGUCAGGAGCACCUCGACAUCUCCUCCCUCUGCCUCGCGUCCGCCCGGGUUGCCUAUUUAGACGGACCUGCCAGUCACCAAGAGGGUUUUUCCUGGACCGAAUGGCUUAGCACUAUAGCGCCAACAGUGGAGGUGCUUAUAGUGAGGCACGGGGUGCCUAUAAAGAAGGUGCAUGCGGAGUGGGGGAGGCUGUGGAGCCUUGGGAUUGUCGUGCCUCCAUGGGAGAAGAAUCCCUAUGUGAAAGACUGGCGAAUGGUCACGGAUGAGGGUGGGUGUGAAGAGCAUUUAGACGACGGCAGAUUGCGCAAUGAUGACCCGGGUUAUUUCGACUUGUAUGGUGAGGAGGCAUGGGCACUGUAUGGUCCGGCCGUAAAAGCGAGGAUGAGGGCUCGGCGGCGGUUGAGUAAGGCCGUCUUCAAGCCGCCGUCCAUCUGCGCUCCGAAUCUGCGGUUUCUCUUCUUCCCCACCCGCAAGGCGUGUAAUGCGUCCACACUGGCUGCACUGCGGCAGGACUACCCCGCCCUGGCGCUCUACUGUGUGGUGGACCGCUCCUUGUAUUGGGAGAGGAAGGGUCAGCCGGUGAGCCAUGGGCCGCUCAAGCAUGUGAGGCGGGCCAAGAGUGGGGUGUGGGAUGAAGAAAAGGGGGGGAAGAGGGCCAAGAAUGUGAGGGAGAAGAUGCACAGUGUGAACAGGAGGGUGGUCGAAGGGUACUGUGCUGAGGAGGACCAGGCAUACGUACUGCAGUACCAGCAAAAGUGA